AGUGAAAACAGCGCUAUAGAGAUAAGUCAAUUGUGUUUACUUAAAUACCGUGUUUUUUUACAUGUGAAACGUGAAAACAUGUUAUAUUGCACACUGUAAACACAAUUAAAGCUUAAAAAAAAAACAGGAAAAACGGGACCUUUAAGUUUCACCUGCUGCAGUUAGAGACGCUAAUUUAGUAAAUGCAUCUGUGGUUUGUAUUUGGGAGAAUGAACAAAAACCUAUCAAAAACAAUUGUAUGGUUUUAGGAUAGGUUAUGUUUUUGACAACAGCUGUAAUGAUGUACAGGGUCAUUCCCAGCUCCACAUGACAGCUUUCACAAUAGUCCUCCAGUUUUUUCAUGUGAUCCGUGCACGGUAUCACAUGAUUAACUGCCAGUAUGAAAACUACCCAAAAGACUGAGACCUACAUAUUGCACAGUAUCUUUUUACAAAAUUAUAACAGGAAAACUGCUUCCCUUCUCGCACACAGCUUAAACGUGGAAGUCUUCAGUUUAGAGGAAACAAAACUAAGUUGUUGCUGAGCUGUUGAACUUCUCUCACUGUUUGUAUCUACACGCUGUAAAAUGGCAGAAAGCAGUAUUUCAUGGGCUCAGGAUCAAUUCAUCUGUCCUGUGUGUCUGGAUCUAUUAAAUUGUCCAGUGGCCAUCCCCUGUGGACACAGUUACUGUAUGAGCUGUAUUACAAAAUGCUGGAAUCAGAAAGAUCAGAAGAGAGACUACAGCUGUCCUCAAUGCAGACAGACCUUCAAACCAAGACCGGCUCUGAGUAAAAACACCAUACUGGCUGGAAUGGUGGAGAAACUGAAGAAGACUGAAGUACAAGCUGAUGUUUCUGCUCAGUGUUCUGCUGGAGAUGUGCCGUGUGACGUCUGUACUGAAAUCAAACACAAAGCUGUCAAGUCGUGUCUGAUGUGUCUGAACUCUUACUGUCAACAUCACCUCCAACAACAUGAGAUUUUCUUCAAAGGAAAGAGACACAACUUGAUAGACGUCACUGGACGACUUCAGGAGAUCAUCUGCCCUCAACAUGAUAGACUAAUGGAGAUUUUCUGUCGUACUGAUCAGCGGUAUGUGUGUUAUCUGUGUAUGAUGGAUGAACACAAAAAUCAUGACACCGUAUCAGCUGCAGCAGAGAGAACUGAGAAACAGAUGAUUUUAGUUGAUACAAAGAAAAAAUACAAUCAGAGAAUGAUACAGAUAGAGAAGGAGCUUAAGGAUGUGAAAGAUGUUAUUAAGUCUCAUAAGCGCUCAGCACAGACAGCAGUGAAGGACAGUGAGAGGAUCUUUUCUCAACUGAUCUGCUCCAUUGAGAGAAGACGCUCUGAGGUGAUACAGCUGAUCAGAGAUCAGGAAAAGGCUGCAGUGAGUCGAGCUGAAGAACGACUGGAGCUACUCAAGCAGGAGAUUGAUGAUCUGAGGAGGAGAGACACUGAGCUGGAGAAACUUUCACACACAGAUGAUCACAUCCAUUUCCUGCAGAGUUUUCAGUCUCUGUCUGUCUCUCUUGAAUGUAAAGAUGAACCCAACAUCACUUUUACUUCUCAACUCUCUUUUGAUGAUGUAAGAAAGUCUGUAUCUAUACUGGAAGAAAAACUUCAGGAUUUCUACAAAGAGAUUGACAAGAUCUAUGAUAGAGUAACAUGCAUCAAAAUUACACCCAACGAUGAACCAAAGACCAGACAGGAGUUCAUAGAAUACUUCUGUCAGCUCUCUCUGGAUACAAACACAAUGAAUAAAAACCUCCAUCCAUCCUGGAGUAACAGAAGGAUUUCAUGGACUGAUAGAGUCCAGCAGUAUCCUGAUCAUCCAGACAGAUUUGAUGAUGUGUGUCAGGUGUUGUGUAGAGAACGUUUAUGUGGACGCUGUUACUGGGAAAUUGAGUGGAGUACUAGUAUUGUAUCUAGUGUUUGUAUAUCAGUGUCAUAUAAGAGCAUCAGUAGGAAGGGUCUGCAUGAUGAAUGUGGGUUUGGAUGUAAUGAUCAGUCCUGGAGUUUGUUUUGCUCUUCCUCCAGGUGGUCAUUCUAUCACAAUAACAAACGCACAGAUCUUCCUGUAGUGUCUCGCUCCUGUAUAAUAGGAGUGUAUGUGGAUCACAGUGCAGGAUCUCUGUCCUUCUACAGAGUCUCUGACACAAUGAAGCUCAUACACAGAGUCCAGACCACAUUCACUAAACCUCUUUAUCCUGGGUUUUGGCUAAGACCACAAUCAACAGUUAAACUCUGUGAUCUAUAAAUAUAUUUUAUAUCUGUAUGUGUAUCACUGUUUAUUAUUGUUCUUAAAACACUGUCAAAUGCAGGACAAAUUUUGAAAGAUUCUUGUAUAAAAAUUUUAUAUGAACGUUAAAUAAAGCAGUCAGGUUGAUGUGCUCGUUAAUGUAAGAAACUUCAAAUCGGAUUUUAUCUUUGAUCUUCUAAAGAGUGUUUUUCCCUAAAGAGCAGCAUGAAUAGAAUUUGUGUUUUUGUAAAGACAACCAUUCUCUCGUUUCACAGACAAGUGCAUCUUUUAAAAGCUGUAAUUUUGCCCGUGCAGCUCCGGAUGUGGCAAUGGCAAGUACAUGGGUCCUAAGGAUGGUCAUGAGCUUUAUCUUUCAGGCUUGGACUUACAGCAUGCUGAGGCGGCGUUCGUGGGUGGUUCAUGUGUUCAUGUGAGGCCAUGACCCUCCUGGAUUUGCAGAGAUGGGUGUGGUACCUCCAGGAAACCCCCCCCCCCCCACUGUUGCACAGCUCCGCCAAAGGUGCGGCACAGAAGCUCUGGAAGGACGAUCUCCGCAUUACUGUGUUCAAUAGGUCCCUGGGUUUGCCCUCAGGCUCUCAACACAGUGAUCCAGUGCCAGCAGAGGUUGCCGGGUGGCUUGGAGUGGACUCAACCUACCAUUCCCGAACCGUCCCGCUAGAUGAUUGGUACUUUGGGGCUGCUCGGGCAUCUCAACCCUCACCCCCGGUACCAUUCUUUCCUUGAGGUACAUGACGAGCAUACUCGGGCAUGGAGGACCCUGUUUGCAAUCUGCCAUUUCAUCUGUCACCCCUUUCCUCUCGACGUCGGGCCGCUAAAGGUUAUUUUGGUAUCCCAACAUUGGAGUGCCCAGUGGCGAUGCAACUGUGUCCCGCCAGUGCCGCUGCCUCCUAAAGGGACCGGACGUUUCUUACCUCGUGGGUAACAGAGACUAAAACCUCCACCCCCUCCCUCUAUUCCUCCUUGGAACCUGUCCAUGGUGCUGAAAGUCCUUCAGGACAUUCCCUUCGAGCCUCUGCACUCCAUGAGUACUUAGUUUCUCACAAUGAAAACUUUAACGCUCAUUGCAUUGGCCUCCGUUAAGAGGAUAGGGGACCACUAUACAUAUUUGGUUGAAGAUUUGUGCCUUCAGUUCGGACUGGCCAAUUCCAGCGUAAUACUGAGACCCCGGAAUGCUACGUGCCCAAGGUUCCCACCACUCCUUUUACCUUUUAGAGAUCAGGUGGUGAGCAUGCAAGCGCUGCCCCCAGAGGAGGCAGACCCAGCCAUGGCUUUGUUAUGUCCUGUAUGCACACUGGAGUUUUACAUUUGCAGAACGCAAAGCUUUAGGACCUCAGAUCAGAUCACCAAGCGAGUUUGCUUUCCAGUUUGAUAGUUCACUAUCGUGGGUUAAAUAACGGUAAAAAGGCCUUCUGCAGUAAGUCCAGGUUACACCUCUUAUCAUUUUAGAGACAAAAGGUUUACGCAGGCACUAGGGCUGUGCAUCGAUGAAUCUCGUUCCCCAUUAAAAUACCUGUUUGAAAUCGAUUCUGAAUCGCAAGGCUCCGAUUUUGUGUUUCAUGCACAGCUUGUGCAUGUACUACGACUCUGAUCAGUAGGAAGUCCUUAUCAAUCUAUAAUCUCUUUGAGUUUGAGUCAUUUAUAACGUGCAUUUAAAAAAGCAACACUCUAUAAACAAAAUCAUUCAAAAUAUUCUUUAUUAUCAUGAAAAUACCUGAAACAAUCUCAAGAACAGCUAUAUAAAUAUGCCUCUAAAUAUUUCCUGGAAUAGCGUUUGUAAUGAUACUUCUUCUGUGGCACAAAUGCCGUUUCUGCACAAGAGCGCCCUCUGACUUUUGGAUGUGGCGGCAUUUCACCGUAAUUCAUUCAAAUUCAUUCAUUGAAAAAACAUGCAUUUGCACGAUUAAUUGUCACAGCCCUAGCAGGCACUGGUAGGGGCAUCUUAAGUGGCGCUUUGGUAGGGAUUCCCAAUUCGUUGGUCAUAACGUGACGACUUAGUGACCGACUCAAAGGGAGCAUCUCCGUUACAUAUGUAACUAUUGUUCACUGAAGAAAGGGAAAGGAGAUGUUAUGUCGCCACAGUUUGUUGUAGCAUUGCUAAUGUCCACCGGGUGCUAGAUGCUCUGCUUUCUCAGCGUAAAUAGCUGAUUUGGUAUUGCACCUGAUGUUUGUUAAAUACUCGUGUGGCGGGGCCUGCAGAUGCAAAUACCUGCAUGCCAAAUUUAUUGAUGUUUUAAUAGCUUUUUGAAGUAAACUGGUCCCCGCAAAGUGGUUCCCAAUUCGUAGGUCACAAUGUGACGUCGCUGUUCCCUUCCUUUAGGGAAUAAGGGUUACAUAUGUAACCGAGACGUUCAGGGGCCCGUUCUUGUAUGUGCCUUACUACAUCCGAGAUCAAAUGAGACAUCUAAGAUGUUCAGAUCUCGCUAAUUCGGAUCUUGCUUAUUCUGAUCUUUUAACACUCCUGCUGUUGAUGAUUAAUAUGGCAGGAUUGAAUUAUCUGAGAUCACUGCGCGUUUGUGCAAUGCAUAAAAAGGCAAUACAUGUCGAUAGUAGAAACAAUGAUCAGCAACACUGUGAUUGACCGGUUGUUACAAUGGCCAAGAACACACCCCUUUUUUUUACCCCUUGCAGUGUGUGAACUAUUGAAUGAAGGUUAUUGUGAACUUUUUAUGAAGCUUAAUUUGUAAACCUAGCUAAAGCUAUUUUUCUGAUUCACUGUUUUCUACAUAAAAACACCCUAUAUAAUGUAAAUCUCGAUAUCUUGAAUUUUUAUGUCAAAGAUUAAAAUCAAUGAUUGUAAUCAAAAUUUGAUGCUCCUAAAGUACUUUAUGUCUCUUUUAAAAACAGUUGGUGGUCCUGCAUCUUCAUGUCAUGUGAUGUCUCUAAACUGAUUGAUUGUACAGAUAAUCUCUGGAGGCUGUUGCUCUCUUUUAAACCCACAGCCAAUGCAACACAUUAAUUGCUAAUAAAUUCACUUGAAUCUC